AGAUUUGCACCAAAGGCAGGUAAGAUGAUAGAUACCUAUUUGAAUCUUAUUUAUAAAGAAGCAGAAAAUGAUGAUAAUGAGAAUGAUGAAACAAGUGAUGAUAAUAUUCUAGUUGCUAGUACUUGUCAACAAUAG